UGACAGACAACCACUGUCACCUGGAUCGCCAUCUAUGUUUACCAGUACCCAACGUCCCAGCACCCUGUGCAUACCUACAGGUGAUUACACUCAGUCAGGUGGUAUCGCCCACUCAGUCAGGUGGUAUCGCCCACUCGGUCAGGUGGUAUCGCCCACUCAGUCAGGUGGUAUCGCCCACCCA